GAGAAAUUCCACAAUUCCCCGAAAGGACCACUCAGCAUUUGAGAUGCAUACAACAGACCGUUUUAUGCAAGCUACGACGGGGUUCUCGGUAACCGGGCCCUUGCUGUAUGUCCUAUGGCCAAAAGAGCAAAUGGAUUGUGACUGGUGUUGGGAGGCCGGGAGGAUCAAUCUAUCCAUUCCUAAUCCCACACAUUCCCUCUGGAGCUAGAGCAGUCGUAGUGGGCUCUCAGCACAAAAGAUCAGCUCCCAAUUUUACCUCCUGAUGCUAACAAUGUAUAGGUCACACUCAAUCUAAAUUGAUGCUCGA